AUGGCAAAACUCACUGAUGGUGCCGACUACGAGGACGGCGAAACGUUUGAAAAUGUACCAAGUCCACCGUCUGAUGCUGGGAAUCAUGACAACUACUAUGGCAGACGACUUCGGACGAGUUGCGUUCUACUAAGUCGUCCUGACAACAAGACCAAGUUCCGACAACGAGGUCAACCAACUUUUAUAAAUCGAAAGGAGACAGCAAACAUAACAGAGGCCACAACAUCUUGGUCUUCAUAUCUUCAAAAAAAUAUUGUUGCCUAUUUGGGUUCAUCUGAACGAAACUAUCGUCUUGACUCAGGAUUUCAACGAUUAUACGCUAGCCUGCGGGACGGCAGCAUGCCCGACAUAAGUCUUGUACGACGACUGCCCGAUCGGGUGGGCCUGUCGCGAAGGGAGCUGCAGCAACUGAGCGAAGCCUCGCAUCUCCGCAGGACUGAAGAGGCAGCCAGGCGGCAGCAGGGCGAAAUCAUCAUACAUUUCUCGGACCUCCUGGUCAGUCAUCUCUCCCUUUUGCAUCCACCAUUUGCACCAAUCUCACGACCCUCGCAUCAAAUGGCACAUCUGCAGGCAUCUGCCAUCAUCUCUCUUCCAACUUUCACUGGUCUUAAUGACAUAAAGGCUAUCUCUCUCAACCAGUUGCAGUUGUCACUUAUUUAA